GAUAACAAUAACAGGAGUAGGACGAGAACGAAUGAAACAGGACGGUGUCUUAAUCUGUUGCCUCUUAGUUUUAUUGUGUUAUCAAUUUUAGAUUAUUGUUGUGAGAUAGCGGUUUUUAUUGUGGAUUUCAAUAUAUUAUCAUUAUGGAAUUGAGAACAGUCUACAAACUGAAUUGAAGAGAAAUGAAUUUGUUUAGAUUCACAGAUUGAGAAAUGUGAUAGCAACGGCAACCAAACACCAGAAACCAAUUUGACACACAGACAACUGCUUGUAUAUUGUUCAAAAUGUCGGAUGGAAUACCCCAGUGGAAUUUGUUCCAGUUUAUGUUCAUAAGUGUGUUUACUUGUUAUGUGUCGUUUAUGCGUCUGCCUACUGGAGGUCUUGAAGUCAUCUCUCAGUUUCUUCUACUCAUCUUUGUCUGUGUGCCAGCUUUAUUUAUACAGUUGAAAUUAGGAGGCUAUCUGCAGAAAGGCAUUGUGGGAGUCUUUGGUCUAUACUUCCCAAUAUGGAAAGGAGUUGGGCUAGCAGCAUUGAUUGAACUGUUAAUUCGUAUAUCACAUUUUGCUCCUAUAGUAGCACAGUUUGGAACCUAUGCUUUUAUAUCCAUAUCAGAAUCACCAUAUGUAUGGGGUAGUUGUGCUAAUCUACGUAAUAAUCGUCAUUGUGUUGAUGAUAAAACGGCAAAUCAAUAUAACCAAAUGACAUUUGAAUCUUCUCGUCCAGAAGAAUUGUUUUACAAGCAUGAAUUUUUACAAAUGUCUAGUGGUAUUGAGGAUAUGAAUGGAUUCCCACAAUGGGAAUUUACUGAGAUUGCUAGGAAAGCUGAGGUAUCCCUGAUGCCAGUAACCUUGGCAAUUGUUUGGGUAUUAGUGUUCUUAUUGGUUGGUUUUGGUGGACGUGUCUGUGGCUGGAUACUAUUUUUACUGGGACCUGCUGCUCUAUCCUGCCUAUUAGCUGUAUUGGGAUAUGGCUAUGCUCACUUAAAGAUAGAACCUGCAGUGAGUUUUCUGAAACAACGAUAUCUAUUUAAUGAUGACAGUGGAUUAUUGCAGAGUUUUAUGAAUGGUUUCCAGACAUUGAUGUGUGCUAUGCCUAUAUGGACAGCUAUUGCUACCACCAUGGGUAAAUUAUGUGGUCGUGGACGUACUACACGUAACAUUUCAUGGUUAGUAGUUGUAGCAGUGUUUGUUGUAGUAUCACAGAUACCACCUAUAGCUAUGGCACCAUAUCUAGGUAAUAUGAUAUUUGAUAAACAAGCUCCAGGUUUCGGAGAAGCAGGAGGACCUAGUAUAAUCUUAUGGCAGAUGCCAGCAGCUUUUACAGCUCUUAAUAUUCCACAGCCAUAUUCAUUCCUGUUUUUACUAUCAGCCUUCCUCUUCGGUCUUAUGUUCUUGUGUAUAGGAUGUCUAACGAUAGUUGAUAAUAUAAUGGAUAGCUUAGAAGAAUGGGUCAGUAGAAAAUCAUGUAGUAAAAUAGCUGUACAUUUACUCAUGUCAUUUGUUGUCAUGUGUAUAGCCAAAGGACUUGGUAUUCUACAAACCACUCGGGCUGGUUUGUACUAUUUUGGGCUGAUUGACCAAUCAAUAACAAGAUUACAGUUUAUAUUGAUUGAUUUGUUGGCGUUUGGUCUAGUAGUUGUUUAUCUAAGACAGAAUUUUGCCCUUGCUGAAAGAAUCAUUAUGGCUUUAUGGGUAUUUUUCGCAGCAACAACAUCUUCUGGCGUAUGGUUUUAUGUUUUCCAUAAAACUAAAGAUGCACCGAUGAAGUUAAUGGGAGAAAGUUAUAUCUAUAAUGAUUCAUGGAAAAUUGUUAGUUGGGUUAUAGCUGCCUUUCCUUAUAUAGGUGUUAUCAUUGGAGUUAUCCAUGCUGUAGUUGUAGCUAGAGGGAAAAUCACCAGCUGUUUUUGUGGUAUUACUGAACGAGUACGUGAACAAGAACAUGAUGCAAAUGGCUACCAUCAUCCCCCACCACCCCUACCUGAACCAACUGCUCCCCCAUACACCUACAUGGAACAGACAUAUCCCAUGGAUGAUAUGAUGUAUAAAAUGGACUAUGAUCCACCGGAGUCCGAACCACUCACAAGUCAUGGAACACGCAUUUAAAUGGAUUUUUUAUAUACUUGUGUACAGAACCUGACAUGUAAAAAAUAACUGCAGCAUGGAGAAUUUUUUUUUUUGUAUUUAAAGAGAUUAAGAUAUGGCUGCCUUACUCACAGAGAGAACAUUAUACCGGAAAUAACUUAUUUAAGAGUUAUUAUAUAUUCAAAUAUUCCAUUCCAUUGAAAACAAAUUACCCAAAAAUGUGGAAUUUUACAACUAUUGUUUUGUCUUUUAUUGUGAAAAAUAACAAAAAUCGUUGUGAAUAGUUUGUGAAAUCGGUUUUGUUUAUAAAACUAUGUUUAAUGUGUUUUUUUGUCGGUGAAUAGUUUUAGAGUUAGUGUAGAGAAAAGAAAAUACACAUAUAUACAACAACUGAGGUGUACCAAUCAAUAGAAGUAGGAAAUGAGAGAAUUUAACAGUAUAUUUUUUAUUGUGUAAUUAUUUCGACAGUGUUGUUAUAUAUAAUAUAUUGAUAAUAGGAUGUGGUAUAACAAAACAGUAGGACAUUAAACCCCAUUUCAUUUAUAUAACAAACAUUGAUUAAUGAUGGGAUGGCCGAAUGGUUAGUGCGUGCGCGCUGUAUCAUAAGGUCUGUCAUUGAGUCAACUGGAGGGUUUUCGAUUCCCCGGCUGUACGUGACAAGGAGUAGGGUCGCCUGUCCAACCUCAUUUUUUUUCUCCAGGUCCUCCAGUUUUCUCUUACUGCUAAAGACCCCUACGCGCAAGCAAAUAAUGGAAAUAAAAUUAAAUCAUGUUAGUCCCGCAAUGGCCUCGUUUGUGUCAAGUGGACGUUAAACUCCAUUCUGUCUCUCUCUGAUUAAUGAUUUUAAUGCUGUGUAUAGAAUUUUCUACAUAGAAUAAAGGGGAUGGGUUUGGGUAUACUUCACUGUAUAAUAUUAUUAUUCAGAGUACACUUUAAAUAGUCUAGGUAAUAUUUAAAUAUCUUUAAUAUAUUAUGUUAUAUGCUUUGUUUGCAGUAUUAUGAGCCUUUACAUAAUAAAUGUAUAUGUCUGUAGAUUUCCUUUAUGGAAUGGCACCACUACAUGUAGUUUAGGAACUAUUUAUACCAGAGUAAAAAUGAUGGGAAUAAAAGUUAGUCCAUAUGAUAAUCCUUCUUUAUUUCUCACUGGUAUUUAAUUUAUAAUACUACAAUGAUAUAUUUGUAUUUUUAGACUGAGAUUAUUAUCAUAUAGUGUACACUCUGAUUUACUGUAUGUAUACCCAUAUAUUUUUCUAAUUUUAGUUUUUUGUGUUUUGAGUUUAUAAAGACUUUGUAAACAUUUUUAAAACAUUCCCAUUUUUUGAUCAAGAUCACAUUUUCAAUUUGAUGCAUGAAAUAUUUUACAAUUUAUAUCAAUAACGAAUAUUUAUACAAUACAUAUGGGUUUGAUUUCACUUCUAACUGUACAAAAUAUAAUUAUUAACUUGUACCAUUUAAAACAAGCCUCUGAAACAGAACUGAGAAAUACAGAUGGAAAACAUCAUGGGUAUCCACUUCCUUUUUGUUUCAGCACUGACCCAUCUUAUGAUGGUCAUUUUUAUGGAAGUAAAUCUAGCAUUUAGCUGUAGUUAAGCAUAUUAUUUUAACAUUUGCUCUUUUUCUCAUCAUAAUGAUAGGCAAUCUGAACGACAGACUCACCCUACCUGCAGAGAAGUGACUCUGACACAGUGAAUAGCCAUGAUAUCCAUAUGACGUUAUCUAAACGUCACAGGUCAUGAGGUCACAUCACCAAACAAAUGUUAACACCAUCAUUAUGAUCAUUAUCAACCUUACAAGACACAAUGUUACAUUGUAAACAAUAGCCUUCUUGCAGCCUUCUUGCAGCCUUUAGGACUGUAUAAUCCGUACAGAACGUCUUAUCGCUUCUUCCAAUGAUUUUUCAGAAAAAUAACAUCAUCUACAACUCUAGAUUUGACAUCGGCAUAUUGGCACUAUUUUGUGCUUCGGUCGUGUCUAUUUCAGAUAUACACAAUCAAUUCUGUUAAUGUUUUUAGCGUGGGGAUUGACUAAAAGUUAAUUUAUUUCAGUUCUAAACAAAAAUUUAAAACUUUAACGCAAUUUUAAAAAAAUAGCCAAAUUCUGGCUGGGAUUACUGAGCAAAAUGGCCAUUCACUGUAUACGUGCGAAAAAAAAGCCAGCUACCGUUUAAUUUCCGUACGUUAGUUACGUAGGAAUGAUAGGGUCACAUUCUAUAUUAGUUUUAAUAUAUACAAUAGUUAGAUAUAUUACUGUUAACUUUUAUAUGCUCAAAUUCUUAUUAUAUUAUACAUUGUCAUAUAGUUUGAAUUAUUACUCAGUUUUAUCUACUUUAAUUCAUAUAUUUACAUUAUACAUGGUUUACAUUUUAAAGGUACACUAUGCCAUAAAAUCCAAGAUCAUCAUGAUACUCUGUUUGGUGUGUUUAAAGAUAUAAUUUUAAUUAAAUUCAAGUUUUUAUGAGUCUAAUUUUCUAAAGUACUUAAGGACUAGUAGCAGAAUUUUAAUCUGAUUGAUACAUGUGUAAAUGUGACAGGUGCACAUCAUGUUUUUGUUAACAAACCUGUUUGGUAAUGAUUUGAACACUGUUAUAUGUAUGUUAUUGAGGACCUAUCAAAUAGGUCUUUUUAUUCAAUGAUUAUAAUUACGCUUAUGGUGUUUUGUUGGGUUUUUUUUUAAAUUUUAGUACCAUCAUUCACUAUUAUUUUAGAAUAAAAAAAAAACAGUUUAUCAGUUAUGUUACAUUGUUCAAGAUUUGGUGACUUAUACCUAAGGCAGACAAGCAUAUUUUUUUGCCCUGUCGCACCGAUUUUAAAAUUGCCUGUGUGUCUGUUCACAACAACGACGAUUCUGCACGCGAACCAUUUGCCCAUUCAAUCGCCCAUAUCUAGCAUAUUUGAUAUUUUCGGCUCAUCUGUCCGUAUCCAGCAUAUAUUGUCGAGUGAACCAUUUUUAUAAGCCAGUCGGAGACAUCAUUGAUUUCACAUGAUCUCAAAAUGGCUACCUCAACUGCCAAAGCGUUGAGUCUGAGGAAAGAAAAAGAAUUGAUGAUUCUUUGAUCAGAAAGGCGUUGCCUGUUUGACAUCACGAUUUCAGAGUUUUAGGAGCAAAUGAAUAGCAGCUACCACAGCAAUCUUACGUUUUCAGCGAAUCGCCAGUCACAGGAUCAAUGUAAUUUACUCGCAGAGUGGUGUAUACUUUCGAGAAGAUCACUGUGUGCCCGUUCAUGAAUGGCCGUAAAAAAAUCAAUGGCAAAUUUCAAUUGCCACGAUCAGGUGAAAAAAUAUGCUUGUUUGCAGUACUCAUAGCCUAAGGUUAAUAAAAAAUUUGUACAAGUUGCACAUUUUGAAAAUAAUUUUAAGAAUUAAAUUUUAAUAAGAUAUGGGUGUGUUUUGUUUUUUAAUACUUUUUGUAGACAUAAGCACAGUCAAAUGUGCUAGUUAGUAAUUGUCAUUAUGCCAAUUGUAAUUAAAAUAUUAGGUGAGAAUAGGUGAUACCAAACCUUAUUCAACAUUAUCUGUUGGCUAGCACAGAUGUUAUUAAUGUUAAAUUUGGCUUUAAAACAGGUACUUUAAAGGAGCUAAACGUCUUUGAUAGAGGUCAUAAUAGAAAGGUCUGUAGAAUAAAAAUUUUGUUUUGAAAUAUAAAGCGAAAGUCAAUUUGUUUACUAAUUUUAGUUUAAGUUCUGUUUUAAAUUGUAGACAAUUAAACAUAAAAUCAGUCAGAUCUCAAAACUGACAAUAUCUGUAGACCUAAUUAGACAGAUACCCACCUCAUAAAACAAACUGACUGAUCAAAUCUUAUUAAUUGACAAUUUUAUUCAAAUCAAAGAAGGAUAGUCAUUUUAAACAUUGGGUGGAUUAUUUUUUUUUUUUAAAAAUUGGAAUUUAGCUCAUUACUUUAACAUAUGCUAUUAUAUGAUUACUAGAUAUACAUGUUAGUGUAUAAAUAGGUUUUAUAAUAUUUGUACUAUAUAUUGUACUAUUAUUGCUAUAGUUUUAGUGUUAUUGUUGAACUGGUGUAUAUUAACACAUAUUUAUAUCAUUUUACAUACAAUCAUUAUUAAGUAAUUGAAGACUUUACUUCCUAAAUGAGAUAUCUCCAUUUUAACAACUUGUGAAUCAAAUUAUCUGUUCCACUUUCUCGAAAAUAGAAUAGUUUUCCCAAAAAUUUGUGUUGAUUCCAUUAGGGAACUGACCUCUUCAAUUAUUCUUAAAAUCAUUUGUUUAAAGAUUUUCAUCUUGUUUUAAUCUUGUAAAUAUUUGUGUUUGUUAGUGUAAUAACAUUACUUAUAUUAUUCUACUCAGUAUAUAUAUACUGGAUAUUGCAUAAUAUAAAUGUACUUGAUAUAUGUAGAUAUAACUAUUCAAAUCACACUAAAUAAACACUGUAUAUUGAAUUAAAUUCUUCUCCAAUACUGAAUAGACUUCAUUUACAUAUAUUCACAGUUUAGAGGAAAUUUUCAUAUUGUGUUUUUCCUGUCAUAGUUUGUAGAUGAUAACUCUGUAUUAUUUUCCUUAUGAAGUUCUUCCAAUGCGAUUCUUUUUAGAAGAAAACUUUUUAACAUCUGAAUGAGAACAUUGAGGGUAAUCAAACUGAAUAUUAAAUACUCCUUGUAAAAUGAACCAAUGUUCAAACUAUUGCAAUGAAAUUUAAAAAAAAUAUCUCCAUGUAUUAUUUAAAUAAUUGACAGAGUACAUACACCCACAUUUGUGUAUAAUUAGAUGGCAUGGUUGAGGAUAUUCAUAGUCAGGCUUUUAAAAAUUGCAAAGCAACUAAAAAUAUUUAUUAAAUGUGGUUGGUUUGAAGGUGCGCCUACUAUUUAAAGAGUCUAUGUUAGAUGUAAGACAUCAUAAGUGUUCUGUGUCCAAGAAAGUUUGUUGAAAGUGUGACAAUUUGAGACAGUUUAAAUGACAAUUGAAAGAAAGUUAGAACUGAGGGAAUCAAAAAUACAAAUAUUUUGUAUAAAAAUUCUUUAUCUUUUUAUGAUUGCCUUUAUAUAAUUGUGAUUUCAUUUUUACCACAAAAUAGUAUGUGUAGAAGUACAGUUUCGAUUAGAUUAAACAUUUUUGCAAUUUAAUAAAUUUUACCUUUUCUGCUUAUAUAGCCCACCAAUUUUGAUAUGCCGUGUUCUCAAUUCAUAUGGUUAGUUUGUUUAUUAUUUAAAACAAAAAGCACCCAAAUAAGAUGGUUGGAAAGUAUUUUACUUAAAUUUCUAUUUAUUUAUUAUUUUGUCUAGUCAAAAGAAUUUUAUUCAUGCAAGAAUAGUAAUUAAUUAUUUCAUAACUCUUAUUUUAUUUAGAAAAUUCUACUGAAAUAUUCAUCAACUGGAUGUAUUAUGGCGGUAUAUUAGAUUCAAAAUUCUAACAUGCUAUCAUCUAAUUUCUAACUUCUGUUAAUGUCAUUUUUAAAUUAAGACAAUGUAUAAUCCAACUUCUUUACUUGUUCAGUGUAAAUUUUAAUUCUGUUUCAUCUUAUUUCUAUUAAGACGAAAAACAUCUUCAUCAUUGAUGCUAAACACGUGAAGCAUGAACAUCAACGAAUUUAGAAUUUUUACUCUUCUGCCUAGCAACUAUCAUUAUGAAGUCGUUUGGUGUUGACACUGCUGCUCAUUUGAUGAUUGCGCACCUGGUCGGGACCAUUAUGUGUGGUUGAUGGUUGGACGGAGGGCUGAAAUAUAGAGAGAUAAAUGUCGUUUAACGACCACUCGACACAAGACCCCUACGCACAAGAGAAUUAUUGAAAUAUGUUAGUCCCGAAAUGACCUAGUUUGUGUCGAGUAUACGUUAAACCCUAUUUCUCUCUCUAGCUCUCUUACUUUUGCCAGUGUGUAUACUAGCUGACAAUGUUAUAUAAUCCAUAGAUAUAUUUCCCUAUGAUAUAACCGAUAUCUUCCGGUGUGGUUCUCCAUCUCUUGUUAUUGACACAGGAUGGGGGUCUGGCACGGACAGUGGCUAGUCGUUUGGAUGGUAUAAAGAGACAUUUUUUAGAAGAGUAAAAGAAUAUAGACCAAAAGUAUAUUAAUAUUAAUUGGUUUAACUGUAAAAAAAAAAUCAAAUAAAAGUCUCCAAAUCCUGCACUUGUCUUUAAAAAGAAAAUGAACAAAUGCUGUUUAGCUUAUAUUUGAAAUAGUAUUUGCAAACCAUAUCAUGUUCGAUGUUUUCAAUUUUAACACUCCGUUAUACCAUUCAACCUGACGAAGAGCGAGUCGUUUGUAUCAACAUAAUGGUCCCAAUCAGGUGCUCAGUCGCCAAUUUGAGCACACGGUGGCGACACCAAAUGACGUCAUAAUGAUGGUUGCUAGGUAGAAGUUUCAAAUUUCUAAAUUUGUUUGACGUUCAUGCUUAACAUGUAAAGCGACAACAAAGUAGACAUUUUUCGUCUUAAUAAUAUCAAUAAGAUGAAACAGAAUUAAAAUUUACACUGAACAAAUAAAGAAGUUGGAUUAUACAUACAUUGUCUUAAUUUAGAAAUUAGAUGAUAGCGUGUUAGAAUUUUAAAUCUAAUAUACCACCAUAAUAUAUUUGUAUGGAAAAAAAAAAAUUGCAGUUUGUAGAUCUGAAUGAGUACCAGCAAUAAGAAACCACACAUUAACUAUUUUUAAAAUUCAAUAACAUUAAAUCACAUUUCCAUUGCUAAAACAUGUUUUUGCUCAUUUGCUCAUAGUGUUGCAGAAUUUCAGCAUAUUUAUUUUAAUUGCCAUACUAUUAUGAUUUAACUUUUUUUUUGUAACCAUAUAUAUGUCAUGGUAGAUUAUUAGUUUUGUCAAUAAAUUAUACAAGACUUUA